CAAAGCGAAUGUUGUGAAGUCACAGUUUUGGGGCAAAAGCACAUCUGUCAUAUAUAUUUGCAAUGCAAUGACAACACAACCGUCAACGCAUCUAUCACAAGGUCAUCUCUUGCACACCAGUCUCAUUUUCCCUUCUUGGCAUACAAUGAUCAAAAGUUUCAAUGCAAGUUUUUCCUGUGUAAAGAAAGUAUGGACUAAAUUACCUGGUCAUGGAUCGGCAUACACGAUCUCUGUUAAUGGAUAUGGAGGUGUCAGUAGUACAUCUGUACAUGUGUUAUCAGACUUACAGAAAAGACGUAGUUCAAAUAAUGUGACUACUGAUAGUAAACAAACUGUAUUAGUGAAGAAUUUGUCCAGCUACAAUGGCCAUUAUAUAACAAAGUCAGUGUGUGCAAAAAUAUUACCUACAAGUUUCAUAUUGCAAAGAUUUGAAGCACAAGUAACAAAUACAUAUCAGAAGAGACUUUUCCAUGAGGACAGAAAAACAACCGCCUUGACUGUGCUGGGAAGUCUCAAGGAACUGAAAGCCUCUCCUGUUCCUGCACUUGUGUUGGGAUUCUCUGGCCUCAUUCCCUUUGUGGCCGCCCCCACAUACCUUGUUAUGAAUCAAUUGUUCAUGCCUGACAUAGCUUUUGCCCAGCUGGUUUAUGGUGCCACCAUCUUGUCCUUCUUAGGAGGUAUCCGAUGGGGGAUGACAAUUCCUGAGGACAGCAUCCUGCAGCCCAACUGGUUCAAUCUGUGUUACAGUGUCACCCCUUCCUUGGUCGCCUGGGCUGGAGUUCUUAUGCCAAGUCCCCUUUCAUCGUUGACUCUUAUGCUAGGCUUUGCAGGAGCAUGCUAUAUGGACAUGGUUUCCUAUGGUUAUCCCCCUUGGUUCAAAGGCCUCAGAUUUACUUUGACAUUUGUAGCCAUCCUAUCCCUGUGGACAACACUGAUGUGUAGUCUAUUAUUGGACACUAAACCCAACAAAGAAGAAAAGAAAUGAAUAGACUUUCAAUACUAAACCAGUUUCCUGCAAUUUGAUAAUUUAUUAAAAUGGUAUUAAAGUUUCA